AUGGAAAAAGUCCCUCGUUUACUAUCCAUUUUCCUGUUCAUAGCUUUGCUGUUUCAUGGGGGAAAGGUGUUAGCUUUCAAAACCCAAGAUGGAUCAGAGGAAUGGGGAUACGUUCAAGUUAGACCUAAAGCACACAUGUUUUGGUGGCUUUACAGAAGUCCCUAUAGAGUGGAAGAUCCCUCCAAGCCAUGGCCACUUGUUCUCUGGUUGCAAGGAGGACCUGGUGCUUCAGGAGUUGGGAUUGGAAAUUUUGAGGAGGUUGGGCCUUUGGACACAGACUUGAAGCCACGGAAUUCCACAUGGUUGAAAAAAGCAGAUCUCUUGUUUGUGGACAAUCCAGUUGGAACCGGGUACAGUUUUGUGGAGGACAAAAAACUCUUUGUCAAAACAGAUAAUGAAGCGGCCACCGACUUGACUACAUUGCUGAUUGAAUUGUUCAAUGGGAAUGAGAAACUGCAGAAGAGUCCUCUGUUCAUAGUGGCAGAGUCAUAUGGUGGCAAAUUUGCUGUCACUCUCGGGUUAUCUGCUCUGAAAGCUAUAGAAGAUGGGAAAUUGAAGCUUAGUCUUGGAGGUGUAGCAUUAGGAGACAGUUGGAUCUCCCCUGAAGAUUUUGUGUUCUCAUGGGGUCCUCUCCUUAAAGACCUCUCACGGCUUGACGAUGGUGGACUGCAAAAAUCAAACAGUAUAGCUGAGAGGAUCAAGCAGCAAAUUGAGGAUGGUAAAUUUGUUGAAGCCACCGACUCAUGGAGUGAACUUGAGUCUGUGAUUUCCGUCAGCAGCAACCAUGUGGACUUCUACAAUUUAUUGGAGGAUGCAGGAAGUGAUGAUGUUGUAACAUUGGAGUUGGGGUUAUACAAAAAAGUAUCAAUGAAGAGGUACUCCAGGUAUCUCAGUUCCUUGAGGUCAAGGUCAAUAUCUCCUGGUGGAGAUGAUGAUCUUGACAAGUUACUGAACGGAGUCAUAAAGAAAAAGUUAAAGAUCAUCCCUGAGAAUGUCACAUGGGGAGGGCAAUCUGGUGAUGUUUUCGAUAACCUUGCAGGUGAUUUUAUGAAACCAAGAAUUGAUGAGGUUGAUGACCUGCUGGCAAAAGGGGUCAAUGUGACAGUGUACAAUGGACAAAUUGAUCUGAUUUGUUCAACCAAAGGGACUGAUGCUUGGGUUCAUAAACUGAAGUGGGAAGGGCUUAAAAAUUUCUUGGCAAAAGAUAGAACACCCCUCUACUGUGGAAGUGACAAAUCAAAAACGAAAGGCUUUGUUAGAUCACAUAAAAAUCUAUACUUCUAUUGGAUCCUCAAAGCUGGCCAUUUUGUACCCACUGAUCAACCAUGUGUGGCUCUAGACAUGGUGGGUGCAAUUACACAGUCACCUGCCACUUGA